AUGAGGAACUCACUGGUAGGAGUCAAUCUGGUUGGGAGGUUCGCUCUUGUAGUUUUAGGGGCGUCCAUUGUAACUUGGUGCUACGCGGCGUCGACGUCACCAGAGCACCAGAUUAAGAAUGCUUCCGCUCAAUGUGUGCUCCCGCUGGGAAUGGAAGAGGGUAAAAUACCCGACGACGCGAUAUCUGCUUCAUCUAGUUACGAGACCAAGUCUGUCGGUCCUCAAAAUGCCAGCAAUGACAUCCGCGAGUAUUUGGAGAUCGACUUGACGACGAACCACUUGAUAACGUGGACAGAAACCCAGGGCCGGUUUGGAAAUGGACAGGGCCAAGAAUACGCGGAGGCGUUCUUCCUCGAGUACUGGAGAAACUCUAAGUGGUAUCAGUACAAGACGCUUUCAGGUGACAAAAUUCUUCGAGGCAAUAGCAAUACGUACCUGGUGGAGAGACAGAAGCUAGAGCUGCCUUUCGUGGCGAGUAGAGUGCGCUUCGUGCCCUACAGCCAGCACCCAAGGACCGUGUGUAUGCGAGUAGAGAUAUACGGUUGUAUGUGGGAACAACGAAUAGUAAAGUACAAGAUACCUCGGGGCAUAACCUUUGGCCCCGGGGGCUCCAAUGUUGAAGACACGUCCUACGACGGACGCACAGAUAUAGACGCUAAGUAUUUAAUAGAUGGUCUUGGUCAAUUAGUCGACGGAAUGCUGGGCGAGGAUCCCAGGGUUUCUUCAACCUUAGCUCACUGGGUCGGGUGGACAGAUAUUAAUCCCGUGCCCCUUGUUUUUGAAUUUUCUGACCUUCGGGAGUUUAACAUGUGCGUUAUUUACGCAGCCAAUGCUCCUGUUCGAGGCAUCGAGGUUUUUAAAAAUUUAAAAAUCUGGUUUUCCAAUGACGGAGAGAGUUAUGAUCCAUCAUCAAUAGAGGUAUCUGUUGAGGAGAAGUCACCCUACUCGCCAGGAAUUAUUCCAAUAGUCGUAUCGCUAAAAUCUCGGCUGGUUGCAGGAUCUAGGUCUGGUAAUUCGAGCGAGGAGGGACCAUUGGACACCGUCUCAACAGCCCAGAACGAUUCCAUCACCACGGAGGACCCGAGCGAGUCGUCCUUCAACGAGUUUAACAUCACCGACUCGGAUUCAAACGGGAACCAGACGCCAGACGCGUUUCCAGUAAGCCCCAGGUGGUCCCAGACGUACAUCGGAUUGGUAAGCGGCGCCCUGACGGUCCUGUUACUCCUGCUGACCUGCACCGUGGUCCUGAUGAAGCUUCGCGGGCGAAACAAGGUAGCACUUCUUCAAAAACACACGGCACUGCUUUGUGGCUCAACAGCUCCAGGUAUAACGAUAAAUGUGAAGGAUUUGAAGCUGCCGACCCCGAUCGUCGUUAACGGAACGCAGUCGAGGCUGACGGGCAGCUUCAAGGGCUCCUCCUCCAAGCUGAGGUCCAGCUCGAUGUCCAGCUACGACGCGGCGACCUUGAUGAGGGACCACAUGCAGCAGAGCCACUCCUGCGACAUGCCCAGCGAGUACGAGCACCGCAGCGUGUACGCAGAGAGCACCUACAAGCUUCUUUUCCCCGAGGAGAGGUUCAGCGGCUCCAAAACUGACUAUGCAGACGUUGCCGAGUUUGCUUCUGAGUCGGUUAAUUCCGGCACUGCUGGGGGCUCCACGACUUCCUCGGCUAAGGUUUGCGGUGGUAAUUCAACAGUAGCCUUGCCUGAGGCGGAGACGAAUGAAAGGCCGCAACCGCAGACUCCCUAUGCCCACAGGUCCUCCAAGCAUCAUGGUUAUUCAUCCAAGGGUCAUAAAGUGUACGAGGGAUACUACGCAGCCACUGACAUUCUCACGAUAAAAAGAAGAGAACAGCACACUGGAUCGAGCUUGUUCACGUCGCUGCUAAUAGAAGAUUAUUAUAACCAGCACCAACACCAUAAUCAUAAUCAACAUCACCACCACCAGCAUCAGCAUGCUGUUGACAAUUACGACAUACAACACAUAUCAAGACACCGACUGCGGAUCUUGGAUAAAAUAGGAGAAGGUAGCUUCGGAUUUGUUCAUCUUUGUGAGGCCAAAGGAAUUCACAGCCCGGAUUUGGGCACUAUGAGAAAUCGACAAUUGGUUAUUGUACGGUCUCUUUGGCGCGGAGUUACCGACUCGCUCAAGAAAGAUUUUAUGAGAGAUAUGUAUGUUCUGGCUAAAAUCCGUGACCCAAAUAUCACGAGAAUAGUUGCAUUAGUUGAGGAGGAGCCUUUUGGUGCGGUCUUCGAGUAUGGCGAGCUUGGAGAUCUGCCAGAUUUCAUUCGCAAUCGUGAAAAAUCAGACAACGAAGCGCCAUUAAGUUAUAAUCGAUUACUUAAAUUUAUUACACAUAUUGCAUCGGGUAUGAGAUACUUGGAGAGCCUUAAUAUAGCUCAUUGUGACCUAGCCGCAAGGAAUUGUGUGGUGGGUAAGAAUUUAUCGAUCAAAGUAUCAGACCACGCAAUGUAUUGCAGUAAAUACGAUAGUGAGUAUUACGUUAACGAG